CUCACACGCGCGCGCGAUGUCACGGACUAUUAAAAGAAGGAAGAAAUGUUUGUGAGUAGUUUGGUGGUUACCGUGCGAAGGUGUUGUUUGGGUUGACUUUUUUAAACCAGUCGAGCAACUGGCGACAGGAACUCUAUAAUCCAAUGUGGUGUCAGCUGGAAGGACCCGGGGUCCGGAUCUCACCUAAACGCUGAUACGUCUUGGGAGUGAUGCACUGGCUUCCCCUGGUUGCCAUGGUGAUUGCCUCGGCCCUGCCCUUCCCUCACAACCCCGUGUCCAGGAUUGCUGCCACGACAACAGAGCCUGGCUUCGACGACCGCAGAGAGCACCGUCAUGACCCGGCCGCUCGCCUCGCAGCUCCCCCCCUGGACUACAACUUUCAUGGAAAUGCCUCAGAAACGGACUUCAAGAUGGCUGCUGCUCUUAGCCAACACACCAACGGACAAAACCUCCAGAGCCCGAAGGAUUAUGUGAAAUCCUCCGUACAUGAAGAGACUUUCACCUUCAAAGUGGGGAAUCAAGGAACCUCCCAAUCAAAUAGCAACUCAGGCAGCGAUGAUAAAAGCAGUGUCAGUUUGGAUGUUCCCACAGAAAGAGGAACACUCAGGACCGAGGAUAUUUCCGAGGAUAAUUCUCUACCAAAGGACUACAAAGCUGACAGAAUCAGCAGGCAAGAUUCCUCAAGUUUUGUGAACUUUUCCCAGAAGGACAAUCUUCAGGACUCCACAGAUAGACCGUUGCAGGUCUCUGCAACGGAAAACCAUAAUGCUGUCAGGCCUGCUGCAAAUAUUAAGGGUCAAAGAGGACCAGAACCGACUGUUCCUUCGGCGCAGCUGAGAGAUACAUCACCAAUCAGGACGGGGACCCAGCAGACACUGGGUGCUGGAAGAGGUCUGGCUGAUGAGAGCCUGACCCUGGAAGCAGGGCUGAGUCUGGGGACCGGGCCGGACAGCAUCCUACAAGGAGAAGAGAUGUUUCUGGACGCACAUCCACGAGUCCUGUUCUCACCCUCCCUGUCUCCUCCGGAACACCCCCCUCUCCUGCUCAUGAUGGAGACCGGCAUGCUGGAGGAGGACUGGGAUGGAGAUGAGCAGGAGGACAUCGACGGACACAUCGAGGGUCAUGGGGACCGUGCGAUCGAGAGGAGCGCGACUCUGAGUUGGGCAGAUUCCUCCAGAAUUACCGGUGAGGUUGCCCACCCCGUUAAAAGAGAUAAACGCUCGCACUUGAUUGACCGAUGGAGAGGGGAAAAGUCAGUGUGCGAGUCAGAAAAUGUUUGGGUCACCAACAAGACGACUGCCAUCGACUCUCGUGGUAAUAACGUCACCAUCUUGCAGGAAAUUCAAACCCAGACGGGACCACUCAAACAGUUCUUCUAUGAGACUCGCUGUCGCCAGCCCGAGCAGCAGAGCAAUGCUAGCAGUUCAAAGGCUGCCGGUGCAGCAGCGAAAUCCCCGGGGAUGGGCGUAGCCGGGGCCAGCUGCCUGGGCGUGGAUAAAAAACAGUGGUUGAGCGAGUGCAAAGCCAAGCACUCGUUCGUACGAGCGCUCACCAAAGAUCAGAACAACAGAACCGGCUGGAGGUGGAUCCGCAUCGACUCGUCCUGCGUCUGUGUGCUGCUGUCCAGAGCCAAUCAGGCUGCGGGGAGGGCGGUCUUGAGGAGGAAUGGGAGAGGCUGA